AUGGGUAUGUACUCUUUGGCCACCGAGUUGUCUACCUUCAAAAAGACAAGUGCAAUCAAGGUAAGGGUGAUACGUACCUAUUUGGUUCCAUUACGGAAAGGAUCCAGUGAAAUAAAAAGCAAGGAGAUUGUAUUUCACGACUCAGAGGGCACGGUCAUACAUGCUACUGUACCAAAAUCUCUUAUAGACAAAUUCAUUAACAGUUUUGAGGAAUGCAAAGUGUAUGCUGUUAAAAAUUUCUUUGUGGUCUCUAAUUGUUUGGUCUACAAGACCAGUUUGCAUGAAUAUAUGAUGCAGUUCAACCAUGACACCAUUUGGAAAGAAAUUAGGUCAGACAAUUUCCCGUGGCACAUGUACAGACUAAAGUCCUUCCCUUCUCUGAGAGGUAACCCAUCUUUAAAUGAGAAGGAGCUUAUUGACAUUAUUGGUCGAGUGGUUGAAAUUCAUGCACCGGAACAAAAGACCUUCAGUGGUCAUAAUGCCAAACUGAUUGACUUUGUUCUGGAGGAUUCACUGGGAAAUAGGAUAAGUUGUACCUUUUGGGAUGAUUAUGUGCCUAAAAUUGAGGCAUACUAUCAAUGUGAAUUGACUGAUCCGGUGGUAGUGCUGAUCCAGUUCUGUAGGAUAAAGUAUGGUGUUAGAGAUGGUGAUGUCAAGAUUUGCUCCGCAUAUGAUGUUACACAAGCUCUGUUUGACCUGGAUAGUCAGGAAUUUAAAAGCUUUAGAGAAAGUCUUAGAGACCCUGAGUAUCAAACACCCAUGCGAAGCAUAGCUUCAUUCUCAAGUCUCAGUUACAACAACACUGGUGAAGAGUCCACAAGUCAUCAAAUGGAUCUGGUGACAAUAACUGAACUAUAUACCAUGGAUAAGAUUGGUGAAUUUUGGGUGGCUGCUAAGAUUAGUGGGAUCGAGUCUCCCAAUGAUUGUACAUGGGAGGAUGGGGUUCUAAGGUUUAAAGUUCAGUUAAGAGUUGUUGACAUGAAGGGUAAUGCUUCUUUCAUGCUUUGGGAUCGGGAUGCAUCUGAGCUUAUAGGUAUUGCUGCAAGUGACCUACAUGAGUUGCAUAAGGAUAGAACUAGGCCUCCGAAGCAGAUUCAAGACUUGGUGAAUAGGUGUAUGCUUUUCAGGAUUUCAGCAAAGACGGAGCAUCUUUCAAAACUGGAUAGUGCAUUUCCUGUUUUCAAAAUUAAUACUGACCAACAACUGCUGAAACAGCACUGUCCUGAAAUUCUUGGCAUUCCAGAAGAAGAGGUGAACACAGAAAUGCUAAGUCUAGAAGAUGAUGAAAUACUUGAGGGAUUUCUGAGUGAUGAGGCAGAUAGCCCUAUUGCAACUCUUCCACCUUUAAGUGGUGAAGCAGCUGAGGGGUCUGUGAAGAGGUCUUUGAUUGAUGAGUUCUCCUCAACUCAAGGGUGCAAGAAGGUUAAGCAGCAUAGGGUGAAAGUAGAGAAGAUUGACUGA